AUGGCUCCGAAGGUUAAGGGUGCCGAUCGUUGGUUUUGGAAAGUUGUUUCCUGGCCAAAAUUUGAUAACGGGUUCCGAGAAGCGGCACUCGCAUGUGAGCUGGCAAGCUUUCACUUUGUGCUGGCGCUCGACUGCGCCUCUGAAGGAGAGUUUGCUGCCAAGUAUCUGAGUCUGAUCAAGGAUGAUCAGCCAGAGGUCCAUGCUGCGCUCGCAGAGAGAACACAGAUGCUUGAGCAGUUUUGGAUUUUAAUCAAGGCCUCGGAGUCAUGGUUCGAUGAAUCGGUCGCUUUGCAGACUGGCACUGGCCAUGCUCUUAAAAGAGGCUUCGGCGAGCUUAGUCCAGCUUCUGCCGAAAGCCAGAUUGAUCAACCAACCUGCGAGCUCAUCUGCAACUCCGCUUCUGGAUCAAGAGCUGGCAGAGAAGCAGAAGUGGGCAUCUCUGUGGAUAGGAUCCUCAAGUACGCUCUCUACUUGGAUUCCAAGGAAUGCGGCCCCACCGUUCUGCCGUCCCUCCGGACAGCCAUAAAGUGGGUCGCGUUCCGUAUCGACUUGGAGAUCCCGGAUCUGGAUGAUGCUCGGAUCCUCGCUCCUGAGAAACAGAUCUUUGAUAAGAGAGGCAGGCCGCUCAAGGAGGCGCCGGCAUUUCCACUUCCUCUCGUGGUGGCCUUGGAGACAGCGAUCACCGAUGAUAAAUGGAGUGUGCCAGUACGCAUCUUCCUAUGGUGGGUCACGUGCAUGAUCAUGGCCUCUCUCAGGUUCGAUGAUGCUGUCCAUGUGAAGCCCACCGAGCUCGAGAUGAACGAGGAGGGCCUCCUCGGAGUUUCAUGGCAGACCAAAACGGAACGCAAGCGUCGAGGCACCAAGUUCUUGGUCCCCGACGUGUCCUUUGGCCAGGUUCCAUGGCUGCGCGCUGGUUGGUCCUUGUUCCAGGCUCACUUUUCGGAGGAUCUAGAGAGGGACUUCUGGGUGCCCGAGCUCAACACCCGGGAGGCCUUCACUGGCCACGCUCCAGCCUAUGACAGGUCCCUGCAAUGGCUCGUUCACUGUCUCUGGCACGUGGGUCAUGAUGCUCAACUGAACCAGGACCUUCUGACGGCGAUCCCCUCGCUCAAAUGGCACUCAUGUAGAGUGACGUUGCUGGAUCAGGCGGUCCGCCAGGGACAUCAAGCUCCUAGCAUUGGCCUUCAAGCCAAUUGGAAGAACCCAGGCCCGCUCGUCCAGAAGUACGCUCGCUCGCGGACAGGAGUGUCCGCCAACAUGAUCAAAGACAUUGUGGCGGACUACAAACGACACCACGAUCCUAAAUGCGUUCUCCCCGAUGAUGAGGUCGAUGACGGGGAGGACUUUGAGCUCAACGUGACGGAGUUCUUCACCAAGAAUCCCAAGAAAGGCUCCGCUUAUGAACACAAGAUCCAUGUGUGCUCAGCUGAGGACAUGCAGACGAUCGCCUGCGGUCGUGCCCGUGCUGAGGUUGCCACGGCUCGCAGCUCCCGUCUCUCCUGUGCACUCCUCGCCAUCAUGGUGGAUCGCACGCUGUACCCCGACGACAAGAUCCCGGAGCUGGCCGUUCGGCAAAUUUUUGGCCGGAAUCGCCUGCCGGAGCCCUUGUGCUUGCUCCUCGCGGACAAUGGUCUCAAUACGGUGGCCACGCUCUCCAUGCUCGGGGACACCAUUGCAGUUGUCAAGACCACCAUGAGGGCGAUCGUCCCCGACGAGAACAAGUUCGGAGCUUCGCCGGCGGCCCGAGAGAUCGCUCUCACACAGAUCGCGGCAGUUUGGAAGGCCGCGUCUACACUCCAGGAGCAUGUCUCAGCUCGCCGCGCUCGCAUGGAGGAGGAGCCCAGCAAGGUGCCGGAGAUCCCCGGGGAGGACCACGCGGAGUUUCGCGAGCUCUUCGUGGCGGCGCACCCCGACGUGCUCCUCACCUAUCACAAAGAGCCGCACCGAAAGUUCGUGGAGAGAAUCCACCGUGACUACAUGGUCCACGGGGCGGUCGCCUUCUAUGAGGUCGCCGAAAUGCGGACUCGGAACGAGACGAUCGUCCAAACCGCAAGUUUGGCCAAGACAUCGGAGGAUCUCCUGCGCGUGGUCCAAACCGACUCCAGGUCAGCCAUUGCCUCGGAGUCGCAGGUCAUGGACCGUCUUCACGCUUUCUUUGUGGCGCUCGAGUUCCUCAACAUUUGCGAGUUCUCCUUUGCAGCCGGUCCUCUUCGCUACUUGGCGGAGCUCGAAGAGUGGCGCCACGAAAACCGAGGACUAGCAGUUCUGCUGUCAGCAGACACUCUCCUUCGGCGCAAGGUCUACAAGCUCAACAACGACAAGCGCAAGGACUACCCCACCUUCUCAGCGGCUCUGCUGCAGGUGUUGGAACACCACAAGCAGCUCUGGAACGAUGCCCGUUCGGCCGCCGAGUUGGACAAGUUCAAGCAAAUGGAAUUCGAUGUGGGUGCACGCGGGGCCAAGCGCUCGCGCUCGCCUACACCGGACGCUGCCCUCCCCAAGGAGAAGGCCGCUCGCGCCCGUCGCAACAAGGCCAAACGGGACAAGCAAAAGCAGCUUUUCAAACAGCUCAAAGAAGAGAAAGCCAGUGGAAAAGGAGGAGGCAAAGCUCGCGGUGCCGAAGGACGAGUUAAGCUCGUUGCCCGGGACACGCGCGUGCCCGAAGCGGAGUGGAAAAAGAUCAUGUCGUUCACAUACUCGGGUCGCAAGCGUUGCCCCUGGUAUAACUGCUCCCUCGGAUGCCGCUUCGGUGUGCUGGCCCCUCCGCCCGGGAACUUUUCUCCUCCGGCGGAGGGGCCGCCGCCUUCUCAGCGGAAUCCGCAUGGGGAUGUGUUCUGUGAGUCAGCGGUUGACGCUGCCCGUUCGCAGCUGAAUGCUGAUCCCUCUCAGUCUACAUACCCAUGGCAUUCCUGGUCACAGGUGCCGAGGACGGUGGCUCAAGUGCUCCCGUUCGGGCCCUUCUUCCUCGAGGUCUUCGCAGGCGAGGCAGGGUUCACUGCUGAGGUGGCCAAGCUCGGCGUGCCAGUGCUCCCGCCCAUCGACGUGGAACAAGCAGGUCUCGUCCAAGAGCCGCAGGACUUGUUGGACGCCGCCUUCUUUGGCUUCCUCAUCACGCUUCUGCUCGCGGGGGCCGUGUUCUUCCUGCACCUCGGGACACCCUGCGGCACUUUCAGCAUUGUUCGUACACGACAACCAGGGCCAGCGCCGCUCCGUUCAGCCGGCCAACCUCUCGGUCUAGAUGGCCUCAACCCAGGUGAUCGCGAAGACCUCUGGCUCGGCAACCAUCUGCUCUUUCUUUCGAUCGAGCUCAUGGAAGCGGUGCUGCAAACCGGUGGAGAUGUUUCUCUCGAGAACCCGGCCGAUAGCAUUAUGUGGCUUGUUCCGCCCGUCCUGAACCUCAUCGCCAAGUUCGCGCUGCAGUUCGCCUACUUGGAUCAGUGCGAGUUUGGUGCCAGCUCCAAGAAGCCCACGCGCUUCCUGAUCUCCCAUGCAGCGUGUGGGCAGGGCAUGCGUGUCUGCUCGCAACGCCAUAAGCACAAGAAGCUGCUUGGAACAACUUUCUGGCACGGCCGAUGGGUCCGCUCCACUAAAGCGGCUCAGGUCUACCCCCAGCCGCUUUGUCGAACGCUAGCACGCGCGGUGUGUCACAUACACAACCGCUCGUGCCCUCAGUUCUGUCGCAGCUUCGCGCUGGUGGUGCCCGCGGCCGAUCGGAAGCGCGCGCUGGGCCAGGCCGCUAACUGGAAGAUGCAUCGUCAGGCCCACGGGGCCGCUCUCGCACAGGCAGCGGGCUACCAGCUCAAGAGGGGGGCUGUGAAGCCCCUGCUAGAUUGCGAGGUUGAGCCCGGCGAAGCGAUCGAGUGGGCGCUCAAGGUCGACCACCCGUUCUCCGUGCCGCCCCCGCUCUCCCAGCAGCUCCUUGACAACAUUCAACUGGUUACAACGCAGGGGGCAGUGCUGAACUCCGCUCGCCGUCGGGAUCUAGAGUUCUGGAAACAGCAAGCCGCGCUCCUACUGCCACACACUGCGCGCAUGAUCGAUUCGCUCCCAGAUCCUGCUCUUCGUCGCCUCCUUCGAGGAGGAGCCGAUGGGCAGCCUUGCCAAUUGGGAACGACUUGCCACAUCGCGCUGUACAAGACUCUGUUGCUUCGGGCGGGCUCGCUCGACAAGGACUUGCCGAAGCUCUUGCUGAAUGGUUUUCCGAUCGUGGGACCUAUCUCGAAAUCCGGUCGUUGGCCGGCUUACGAGAAGCAGCAGACGGUCAUUUCCAUUGAGCAUGCUCUGGCUCGGGCCUGGGAAACUCGAGCUAAGAUCCUUAAGCGGGUUCGGGCUGUGCCAGUUUCCGAUGAGUUAAGGUCCAUUUGGAAAGCCUCUCUUGAAGAUGUUGCAGACGGCUCUUGCCUUGGCCCCUUCGCGACCGAGGCAGAGGUCUCUGCGUGUGUAGGGGCAGACGACUGGAUCCCGACCCAGCGGUUCGCAGUCGUGCAGAAGAACAAAGUCCGCGGUUGUGAUAGUGCUACCUCCAACCUCAUCAAUCAGAUCACGCAGAUUGUCGAGAAGCUCCAGCUCCCGGGAACGGAUCUGAAUGUCGCGGCUCUUCGCGAACUGCGUUCCCGCUCGGGGGAGGCCAAGCUAAAAGGUUGGGUCCUCGACGAGAAGAAGGCUUACCGCCAGGUUCCGAUUGCUCCGGAGCACAGGAAGUUCAGCGUGAUCUGCCUCAAAGAUCCGGACGACGGUCAGGCAAAGUUCUUCGUCAUGGUUGGCCACUCCUUUGGGCUGGUCUCGGCGGUCUACAACUACAAUCGACGUUCGGCUGCGAUCAAUGAGAUCCUGGAAAAGCUCUUCGGCCUCGUUGCCUUCAACUUCUAUGACGACAAGUACGGCUUCGAGACGGAAGAGACGAUCGACUCCGCCCAUGAGGUUGCGAUCGGGAUCCACUGGUUGCUGGGCGCGGGCUUCGAGCAGAAGAAGUUGCAGAAGACCUCGAAGCCGGUCGUGCUCGGGGUCACCUAUGAUCUCGACCGCCUGGAGCUAGCGAUCAAAGACGACAGGAAAGAAGAGCUCGUCUCAUUGAUCGAUUCAAUCCUGGAGUCGGGUUCUCUGGACCCAGGAUCGGCUGGCAAGCUCAAGGGCAAGCUGAUGUUCGGAGCGAGCCAUCUCUGGGGCAAAGUGGGAAGGGCUUUCCUGAGGCCCCUCUCCGAACGUCAAUACUCCCGAGAUCGAAGUGAUCUGCGUUCUUCAUUGUCGGCUCCGCUGAGGCGGUCGCUCGUGCAAUGGAAGAAGCUGAUUCGCGAAGGGCCGCCCAGGCAGAUCGCUUUGCGAACUUCAAAGCCCGCUGACGUGGUCAUCUUCACUGACGGGUUCGCGCCGGACCUCAGAAAGAAGGAAAAGGGCCCGGAGAGAAUAGGGGCCGUUUGCUUCGAUCGGAGAGGAGCGGCGCCGAUCCAGUUCUCCGAGGCGAUCCCCGAGGCGGUCAUUCGGAAGUGGGUCCCGAGGGCAACUCAGAUCUUUCCCGUUGAGCUGAUCGCCCCGGUGCUGGCUCUGGCUACGUUCGCAGAUCAAGUGAGGGGCAGAGACGUAGUUAUGCUGAUAGACUCCGAAGGAGUGGAAGCAGCGCUGAUCAAGGGAUACUCGUCCCAUGAAGACCUCGUCGAGAUCAUCGAAGUCUUUUGGGGUCUUGCAUUCGAACUUCGAGCCAAUGUUUUUAUCGAUCGUGUUUCAACUGAUGGAAAUCCGGCUGAUUGGCCGUCCAGAAACAACCUCGUUCGUGGUACUGAAGCAGGCUGGCAGACGGCCCAGUGCUGUUGGCCUCCUGCUCUUGUGCCUGACUUUCAUACCAAUUGA